AUGGCUACACCAACAUCUACUAGUGCGACUACCGCGAGCGUGACUUCGUCCGACUCGUUGCCAUCAUGCACAACGGCAGUCCCGGGCAAGUACGGACACGUCCCGAUCGACGCCUGCAACUCGUACUAUGCCUUUGACCCCAGCUUUGAAGGCAACAUCGCAUUUGCCGUUCUCUUUGGCCUGUCGUUUGUCGCGCACAUUACCCAAGCCAUUCUUUAUAGAAAGAGAUUCUGCUGGGUUCUUUGCGUCGGCGCGUCGUGGGAACUGAUAGCCUUCAUCCUUCGAUCCCUCGGCGCCAGAGACCAACAGCAGAUGGGUUACCAGAUUGGCGGGCAGCUCUUGUUCCUACUUGCUCCACUAUGGAUCAAUGCAUUCGCCUACAUGCUCUCGGCCAGACUCGUGUACUUCGUCCUGCCCGACCAGCGCGUGUUCCGCGUCAAAGCGACGGCCCUCACCAAGAUCUUUGUGACAAUGGAUGUCGUCUGCUUCCUGGUGCAAGGGGCGGGCGGCGCGAUGAUGUCCAACACGGAGGCGGCAUCGGACGACCCCAUCCUGCGGACCGGCAAGCAGGUGUACAUGAUUGGGUGCGGCUUGCAGCUCGCUUUUAUUGUCGUCUUUUGCGGGCUCAUCGGUCGCUUCUACGUCAAGAUGAGGCGGGCACAAAGAUUCGACCUCGACUUGAAACGGAUCGGGGCCAUGGUGUUGGUGAUGUUUGCGGUGUUGAUUCUCAUCAUUAUCCGGAUCAUCUUUCGGUUGGUCGAGUUCGGACCGGGGGCGAACAUGAACAACCCGAUUCUGACAAACGAGAACUACGCGUUCGGGCUCGACGCACUGCCGAUGGUGCUCGCGCUCGUGUUGCUCAACGCUGUGCAUCCGGGUAUCGUGCUCAGGGGCGAGAACAGCGAGUUCCCUCGGCUGUCGAUGAAGGAGAAGAAGCAGGUGAAGCUAGAGAGGAAGGCUGCCAAGAGGGAGUCCAAGCUGGCCAAGAAUGCAGCAAGGGAGCAGAAGAAGAAGGAGAAGGCGGCGGGCUUGGAGGUGGAUAGUGAGGGUGACUAUGUUGCCAUGGAGGAGAGACCGUUGGCGGCGGAUGAAUAUGACAGCGAUGACAGGACUGGCGCUAGGGGAAGCCAUCAUGUCUAG